ACAGACCUACGCACCCUCACGGCAUUCAGGCAAGGUUAGAAAGACCGGGUUUAGCGUUGCGCAAGUCUGGUCAUAUGUUCUUGACAGGUCAUCACUUCUGUGCUCGCGUAUAAGACCGUGGAAUACUCCGACAGGUGUAUGGCUCCAAGCGUCUCACUUAGGCGUUAUCCUCGAGAUUUUGGGAACAUUUCGAUACGUCUUUGCAUAGCGCAUGUCACAGGCUCCUCAACAAACUAGCUACCAGUCGCUCCCACCAGUUGCUUUACCCACUUAUCCUGCCCCUAUGCACGAUGUGUAUCGAUACUGGCCGUCGACUGUGCCAUAUCAGUAUCCGAUAUCGAGCCAUCCUGUUUGGAACGGUCCGAUUAGAUACAACCAACCAGUGCACCCAGACUAUGCGGCCUUUUUUGUAGGUCUGAAUGGACAGUUUUACCAACCAUUCGACGUUUCUCCGCAUCUAGCUGGUCAAAACGUGUACCCCAGCCAUGCUGCUGCGCCACUUGUCAACAAUAAAACAGAUGUUUCUUAUCUCCAACAGCAGCCUACCCUUCCACUGUCGAUAUGCGAGAAGAUGAUGCCUCCUAUCCAACCCUUCGACGUGAGUGUACCGCCUCGAAUCCACCCACAAAAUCAUAGGCCUUCACCAGUCGUCAUGACUAACCCACGAGUCAAACAAGAGGCUCCUAAUGACAGGUCAAUGCCCUUCCUAGCUCCGAAUACGACGCCUCGUCCUCGAGAAACUCAGACUCAGAACGUGCUACGUGCAGAGUCUGCGCCGGUGGUGGGAAAUAAUACUGGACAUCUAUCAUUGAAGGAUGACAAAAUUCGACGAAUCUCCGCGUGGAGGGCUCAGGUAGAAUCGCUGACAGCAUACGACCACAGCCGUGACGUCGCCGCCGAACCGAUCGUUGACGUUUCCGAUCCGUCUCGGGACCGGGGCAAUUUCUACCCUGCGCUUAAAAGGAAAGCCGACACAGCCGGGCCCGAAAUUUAUUCUUCCAAUCCUUUUUCAUUACCCGUGACGAGCGCGAGUAAACGCGCCCGAACGGUUUCAGGACCCGACAAACCCAUGCUUGUUACACCACAGAAACGAGGUUCUAGAAAACAGGGGGCUGAAAAGAGAAGGUCGCCGUGCCCGGCUUGCAGGACCGCUCACAAGAAGUGCGACGGGAGGCUCUCUAAAUGUAUUUUUCACGUUCGAAAUUCACACGACAGGCCACUUUAAACAGAUUCAUAAUCCCGAGAGAACAAAACAAAUCGACAACCUUUCCAGUAAUUUACUCGAGCUGCAUUACUCACUCACGAUCAUCAUGACACACGUAUAGAUUUGGGUUUCGCUAUCAGUCAUAAUUCAGCAUUCAAUCCGAAAACAAUCUGAAUCUCCGUUGCUUUUCGCUUCCUUUCAUUUUGCUAUCACAGAGGCUCACACUCGAUUAGCCAGUUUCACACAUCAGACGGGCUUAACUUUUUCAUUGUUUUUCUUGCGACGCUUUUCUUCGAUAGUAAUCAUGCUUUUUGUAUCCAGUUUGAGUAGUAGCAGACAACCAGCAUUUUCUUGUUCCUGUACAUGAUACAAUUGUAAC